AUGGUGGCACUAUCAGAGGCGCAGCAGAGUUGUGCAGAGUUGUGCAGGCUCGAGAUCGAGGAGACCGCGCAAGACCUGCGCAUUCUGCGAGUCCGGCUGCUUGAAUUCCCAGCUUGCUGGAUCGCGCCCGUGCAGGCCAUCCAAAGCAUUCCACAAGAUGAGCUCCAGAUGUUCUUCAGGGACUGCGGUUUUACGGAGGAGAUGGUUCAGCAGAUUGUGGAGCUGAUUGAGGAGGGGCGGCCGCAGAUCGAAGAACUCUCCACGAGCAUCUUGCGACGAACCUGGUGCCUUGUCAUUCAGAUCCUGGUCUUCUGCAAAGUCAUGGUGCUCCUGGUGUCAGCAGGUUUCUUUGUGGCCACCUUGGGCUACGACAAGGGCAGCUGCCAGUUCUCCGACUUCACGAACGGGACCUGCCAGCAGGGAAACGUUUGCAACCUCCAGAUCGCGGCCUGGCACAGCGAGGGCAUCGCCUACGCCAACCAGUUCUCGCCCCCAGUUGCUUCGUCAGAGUCCGGUGGCCUGAAAUCUUUCGAAACGAACGGCCCCUUCCGGUGUUGCAACUUCGCACACCAGGCGGCCCAAGAGAACUACAUCCCCCAGGAUGGUUCGGUCGAAGCGCUGGGGCUUGGUGUUGGCUACGGAUCAGGUACCCCGUGCUGCAACUUCUACAACGCCCAAACCAAGGUCUUCUGCGACAACUUCGGGGCCAUUCAGCAGUUUUCUCACUGCCCAACUGCACCUUGGGAUUGCCGUCUGAAGCUUGGGAGCGACGAGAAUGGCAACGUGGUGGUCGAUGAGCUUCUCGUCUGGGAGGAGCCAGUGUACGUUCUCUUGCUCAUCGUUGCCGGUGGAAUACUCGGCCUCAUGCUGCUGGUUAUCGCCUGCGGCUGUGCCUGCCGCCACUCGGAGCGGCUCUAUGCCUGCGGUCUGGUCAUCUGGCGGUGCUGCCGGUACGUGCAGAACAAAAUCGGCUGCUGCCGGCGCUGUCGGGCGUGCUGCGCAUGCCUGUGCUCGUGCUUGAGGAGGCUGCGCCCGGGUCCUUCUUCCGAGGAAAGACAACAGCAGAGGCGGCAUGCCAGAGAAGAGCAGGAGCGAGCACGGGAAGCUUCUUUCAAGAACGACCUUCGCCGGUCGCAGUCCUUCGGGAAUUUGGACUUGACGCGAAGCAGCUGGAAGAAUUCCAUGCGACGCUGGAGCUUGCUCGGCUCCACCCCCACCCCGAAAGAGAAAGAGCCGCCGAAAGCUGCGAAGGUCCAUGCCAGGCCCAAGCGAAAGGUCAAGAAGACCCGCGUGGAGCGCCUGCGUGUGCGGGAGGCCGACGAGGACGAAACAGGCGGCAUGCGCACGAGCAGCAGCAAUGCCGAGGACACCAGUGAAUCUGAGAGGUCUUCCCAGGCAUCGAAGUCGGAGAACCUACCAGUGGACGAGAUCAAGCCCUGGAACAUCGAAGAUCUGGUGGAGGAGGGGAGGGGGGAGGCUUACCUACGCCUCGCCUUGAAGUACCAUCCGGAUAAGCUGCCAAAGGCGCAGCGCGACGCGGCCACCGCGCUCUUUCAGGCCAUUGCUGCUGUAUACGAGGAGCUGCUGAAGCCCUUUGGAGGGAAGCUUCCAAAGCGAGUCAAGACGGCUGUGGCAGCGGCGGCGGAACUGGGAGAUACACAGGAGCUGGCGCGUUUGCUGAGGGAACUGCCGUCCAGGGCCAAUGAGGAGGACGACGUCGGCGUCUCUCCCCUCAUGUUUGCCGCGAAAGGCGGCUGCAUCGAAGCCGCUGAAUUGCUCCUGAGCAGCCCGGCGCAGCUGCGAAGCUUUCCGGGUUUCCCAGGCUACGGCGCGGAUGUGCACUGUCAGACGCCCUUCGGCUGGUCGGUGCUGGUCUAUGCAGCACUCUCGAACCAGGGUCCGAUGGUCCAGUGGCUCGUGGCCAAAGGUGCCCGAGUCACCCCACACGAGCUGGAACUGGCGGCUUUUGGUGGCUACGACAGGGGGCUGGCGCCGCUCCUUCAGCUGUAUGCCGACCGAAUCGAGGAGGUGCGCACUGAGGUCCUGCAACACUCCCUUCUGCACCUUGCCUGCCUUGGCAUCCUCAACUUGCCGAAGGGCAACCCGGAGAGAUACCUGGCCUGCGUCGACUUGCUCUUGGACCGCGGCGUACCCCUCGAAGUUCCAGACAAGCGGGGGCGGACGUGCUUGCAGCUUGUCGCCGGCCAUCCCAACUGGGAGGAGCGGGGCUUCGAGGCCUCUCCGGCCCACUUGGCGCUGGUGGCGCGGCUGUGUGCGGCCAAGGCGGACCCUUCGAGUCCCAACGAACACGGCAACUCCGCCCUGUCACUGGCCAGACGGCGUGGGCUUCACCGUGUGGAGGAGCUACUGCUCAAGUGCGGCGCAGCCAACGCAAGAAUGUUGCGCUUCUGCUAUGCAGACACGCGACGUGCCACCAAGAAUCUUCAGAGCAUGCUCCGGCCCAUCAUGACGCCCAUGCAACCGCAGAGGCGCCCACAGAUCAUAACCCAAAAGUUUGGUCUGCAGGACCCCUUUGCUUCCACGACCACCAGCUUUGCCUCCGGCUACGACACGAGAUCCUCAUUCGGUGCCGGUUCCAUGUCCUCCGGAUUUGGCUCGCACGUCGCUCCAGGUGGUGUCAUGGCCCAGACCUUUUCUGAGGGCUUCGGCCUCCGGCCGGCAGGACACCACCGCAAGCUGCCUGGUGAAAGGCAGAGGCAAAAGAAGCGUCGCGCAAAGGAUCGAGUUAGAGGCCGAGGUGUGCAUCUGGCAGGCGCGCAGACGCGCACAGCGUGGGGAGGAGAUGAUCUCCAGCAGAAGCCUGGGACAUUCCGACGACGGCACUCGGAGCAAUGA